GCCGCGAGCAGGAUUUGAGCGACUGCUGGACAAACUCCAGCAGCUCCGCGUACUCCUGCGGGGCCAGCAGCUCCUCCAUGGGGUCUGGCAGCCCUGUCUUUGAAGGCUCCUUCUUUGGAGACACCCCCAGUGCCCAGGUGUCAUGGCCUGAGGAGGAGUGCGAGGAGGAGUGCGAGGAGGAGGAGGAGGAGCAGGAGGAGCAGGAUUUCUGCCCUGAGGAAGACAUCAUCUUGGUGAUCCAGCAGCACCUGCAGGGCAGAGCUGAGGCUCUGCACAACCGCUGUUCGCGGAGCCUGGACACCAUCCUCAGGAGCCAGCUAACAGAGACCCCCACCGUGGAGAAGCUGCAGCACCUCCUGGAGACCUCCUCCGCCUUCUCCAAGGCAGGAGAAUUCGUUCUGCAGCUGGGUCUCUGGAUAUCCCACCCAGCCAGUAACAUCAGUCGGCAUGCCAGGGGUGGGAUCUACUGGCUUUACUGGCUCCUGCUCCGGAAGAGGGGGCUCAACACCAGCGAGGCCCCAGACUUGUGGUGCCGGGACGGGCUCCAUGACCCCGAGCGCCUGGGGUAUAGAAAUCUGGCCAGGGUGGGAGAGGCCUUUGGCGAGCUGUUUACAGAGGAGCAGGAAAGGUCUUUCCUCCAGGCGGGCCUGCUGGCCAUUCACCACCCCCUCCUCUGCGUCAGCCAGGCUGGCCUGGUGCUGACGUACUCCAUCCUGGGGGAAGCCGGCCAGCUGCUAGAGGACGAGGAGGACAUCGCAGCCUACAUAAAGGUCCAGCUGUUUAACAUCAGGGUCUUGGGCCAGGUGCCCGACGCCCUGCAGGGGCUGUGCUCUGUGGGGCAGCACUGAAGACCCCCCCGCUCGCAUGACCGGCUCGGACCCCCUGCCGCAGCCUCGCUCCAGGCCCUCCAGCCACCCGCUCCAGCCCUGCCACCUCCUUCUCCGCCUGAUCUUCCCCAACCCC